AUGGCGCCCAUUGGUGUUUUCCAAUGGUUUUGGCGGAUCUUUCUUGCACAGGUGGCCCGCUUGGUCCAGUGGUUUCGGUGGUGCCAUCGGCGUUCAGAGGUGGAGGCCUCGAUGCGCCGGCGCCUCCUUGAUGCAUGGGUCACGGCGGAGAGGAGUUGCACGACUUUCAAAAUGAAAUUGGUGCGGGGCAAGGAACAUUUACCAGCCGAAUUGAUCGUCACUUCCUCUCAUGUUGACACGUGCAACCUGCAGAAACUGAUCGGGUCCAAACUCCGGAAGGAACACUACUUCAACGGCGGUGUCGCGCGCAGUCGUUUUGUGUUGUGCGAUGUCACUUCGGACAACCGGCUCGUGGCGGUCUUCGGCCUCUUCGGGCAUUUUUCCGAAGGUGCACCCUUCAUGCAGAUUGCAGGUGGUGCUUUUCCUGAGAUGGUGGGGGAAAGCUGCGAAGAUUGGAUCGUGGUCUCCACCGAGACAGUGCUGACCAGCGUUCCCGACGAGGUGGAAGAGGAGGCUGCGCGCAUUGCCGCGGUGAAAGCUGCCGAGCACAGCGGAGCUGGGCCCUUUGGGUGGCCGCGCGACGGGAACGAGCGCGUCUUCGUGCUCGCGAAGAGGACUGGGACAUCCACCAGCGAUCCCAGCGAACUUCGUGUGAAUUUGUACAGAGAUAGCUUCGCAGCGUCCACUCGGGAAAUCUCGGUGGAUCCGGCCUGGAGCUGCGCCAUUUGCCUUGGAGCCGAUGCUGGAGCUGUGCGGCAGCUGCCCUGCGGCCACGCCUUCCAUGGCGCCUGCAUUAAGGCCUGGCUACGACGUGGACAGCGAUGCCCUUUAGGCCGCUGCCAAGUGCCCAAGGAGGUGCUCGCGGCCUUGAGAAGGCUCAUGGAUUUCAGUUUACCCGAAACGGGUGCUUGGCCCACCUUGCCACAAGACGUGGUGAAGCAGGACCUGCCAUUCCCUGCCGGAGCACGGCGGCCGGGGCGAUUGCCGCAUUUGAGGCACACCCAAGGCUGGCAAAGGUUCAGGGCCAACGACUUCAAUGCACAGAUCUUGGUCCAGCGCCUUUGUUGA